CGCUUGGAAAAAUUAAUUCUCCACGGGAAAAUGAAGAGAUCCUCUUCUUUCUUCAUCUUAAGAGUGACAGCGGGCUAGUGGAUACCGAUUUUGGUCGACUUGGCAGUAUGACGGCCAUUAAUUCCGGGCCGGUCGGUGAAGUUGGUGGUGUGAGACUACCUCUGCAGUCGUUGCAUGGAUACGGAUCAGUGUUUAUGUAUUCGGCUUCAACAAGUCCUGGUGGUGGUAAUGGUCAAAGUGGCGGAGGCGGAGGUGAAGUCACUCUCCGCCUCCGCGAACCCGAGGACAUACCAGAAGAAGUUUUAGCACGACUCGAGGACACCGCUACGCUUUCAAUAUCACUGCAAGGUGACGCUGUCCUGAGGCUUGGCUCAGCUAGUACGGGAAACAGCAAUUUGGAACUGUUCGAUAGUGAAAGCGGACCAGACCUUACACUAUCGCCUCAGACAUUCACGUCAACCGCGGAAGCCUUUAUCAACGACAAUAGUGACAGUCUUGGGGUGCCCGGUGACAACGACAUGGGAAGCAGUGAAGAGUCGAGAACAGGGCCAGGUGAUCCUGGAAAGCUGGGGGUGAAGAAAUCAAGGCCGAAAGCUUCGUCACCGAAUCGUCAAGGACCUCAACAGUGUCAGGUGUGCGGUAAAGUGUUCAACAAUGCCUCAGCACUGACAAAGCACAAGCUGACGCACAGUGACGAGCGGAAGUACAUUUGCACGAUAUGCAGCAAGGCGUUUAAGCGGCAGGACCACUUAAACGGCCACAUGUUGACCCACAGAAACAAAAAGCCAUUCGAGUGUAAAGCGGAGGGAUGUGGAAAGUCUUACUGUGAUGCACGUAGUCUACGCAGACAUACAGAGAAUCAUCAUGCUGGAAGUAAAGUUAAUGAGAGUGUGAGUCCAAGUAGUCCAACAACGGGACCACAUACGCCCAACACACCAGGCAGUAAUCCAAGUACGCCAAGUACACCUGGAGCACCAACAACCCAAAAUGGUCACGGACACACAGCGCUCAAACAACUUUUAGCGAGUGAACCUACACAAGGAUCGGGGCAUAAGAAUUCAUCAUCACCGGGAGGCAGCAAUGAUGGCUUAACAAAGCAGCAAAUCGAACUCAUCCAACAAAUAAUGCAACAGACCCAGCAACAGCAGCAGCCAGCUAAUUGCCAACAAUCGUCAACAACCAGUGGUGCUGCAAUUUCAACGCAAACAAAAAACGGAAAACCAUCAAACAAAUCCGCUCAUUCACCAAAUGGUAAUUCUACACCCGGCAAUCCUAGCUCUACAAAUACCACCAAUUCUAGUUCGAAGACAAAGAUUUGGAAUCAAAACCAGCAACAACAGCAGCAAGCACAAGCCCAACAGAACUCCCAACAAUCUCAACAUGCUCAGUCGACACAGCAGGGACAGGCGAGCUCACCGAGCAGUUGUAAUGCUGGCAAAGCAAGCCCAUCACCCACUAAUUCUUCAUCACCUGGAGUCACUCCUAACAACAACAAAACUACUACUGAAGCCAAAUUGGUUGAGUGCAGUCUGUGCCGUCGACAAUUCAAAAAUAUACCCGCUCUCAAUGGUCAUAUGAGACUCCACGGAGGGUACUUCAAAAAGGAUGGCGAAAAUAGGAAGAGCGAGAAGAAGGAGACACCUGGACCGCCGCUGCAGACAGCCUCGGUUAAUGUUCGGGCACUCAUUGAGGAGAAGAUCAUUCAGAAGAGAACGACCGCAACAGAGGCGAAUGCAGCGAAUCAGUCCAGAGCGAAUCCAUCGGUGUUUACAGGACAGGCGGACAGUGCAACUCAUGUAAUUGGAAAAACGAGUUUUGCUGUGCCAGCACCACCGCCGCUCGCCGCUAGUGAAAAAAUCAGAAGGUUAUCAGACACUGAACAUUUUCGCCAGCCAAAUGUCACAGUUGCACAUACGACUGUUCAAAAACAACUGCAGGAGGCGCAGACCCAAGCGCAGGCACAAGCCCUCGCCGAUAUGAUACUAAAGGGUACCUCCAAAAUGGCAGUGAAACGUACAACUUCUGAUCCUGGCCAACGAGUUCAACUGGCUUAUUCGUCGGCCCUUCAAACAACUGCCAAUCAAUCCCAACAAUCCAAUCAGCCUCAGCAGCAACAGCCUAAUCCCCCUCAACCUCAAUCCCAAACUGCUGUUACCGAGAGCUUUACUAUGACUGGAUAUUCCGAAGACGGUGGCUAUUUCAGUCCCAGUUUGCAGGAUGAAGUUUUUCAACAAGUCACUGCUGUUCCUGAUUCAGUACUACUGCAAGCUAGUCAGCUUGAUUCUAUUCAGUUUCAGGCAUCAAGCCUCCUGCAAGACCAGUCCCCUGACCAGUUGCAAGACAUAACCCUCGAGGAUCGUUUCACCUCUCAACACACAGUCAACCCAGACCUCCAAGCGCUGGUCAAUUCUCCGCUCCCGGACUCCCUCGCAGAGUUCAGUACCUACGGAACUCAGUACAGCGAGAGUCCGCACACCCUCUCCACCCAAUCCCCGCUCCCAUCCCCCCUAACUCGACACGACAGUCCGAGUUUCACAUACCCAACACCUCCAGCGAGUCAAGAAGGCCUGUUAACCGGGACCCUGCCCCUGCUGAGUCCCCAGGACGAUCCCGAAGCAGUUCGCCCCGUGUCAUCCCCGCUGAGUGCUGCAUUCUACACAACAACAUUGUCCUCAGCAGCCGCAGUCGAGGAAGCUUUGAACGCUGUCCUCCCGGAAGAGACCGAAGGCGAUACGGACUUGUACGGCUCUGGAUCCCCAAAUGCAAAUUCGCCACUACCAAGUCCUCUUUCGGCAACACCAGCGCCCUCACCACUGUCUUCCCUACCCCCUUCAUCAGUCUCAUCUCCAGGCCCUGCUGCAUUCUCCUCCUCAGGCUUCCCCGUCUCCCCGCACCACGCCCUUCAAAACCAAAUGAUGCCAAACUCCGAAGAUCCCCUCUUAUCCUCAACCCCAAAAGACUUCGCAGCAAAUCGACGUAAAUUUGAAUUUCAAUCCUACAAAUUGAUAACAAGCCAGAAUUUCAUUGACUUCGGCUUGGGGAAUGGCAGCCUUGCCGGCAUUGUAGUCGAUAAUAACGGCGAGUACAAGCUAAUACAAACAACCGGUCUACAGAAGACAAACGUCCUUGUUCAGAGUAGUGCCCUGAAUCCAGGAUUAACAUUUAGAAAGGAGAUACACCUAGCCUCACCACAGAUAAAGCCCAAUAUCGUCAAUAUAUCGACACAGGGCAUCAGUCUACAGGGACAGCAGUAUCACAAUCAGAUACACCAACAGGCAAUUAAUCCAGCUAAAUUCUUGAUACAGACGACAAAUACGCUGAAGGCACCAUUCAAGCACAAGAUCAAUUUACCGAUUCCAGUUGAGCAGAUUAAAGACGAACUGUUGGAUGACGAUAUUUUCCUGAGUCCCAGCAAUGUUUCGAGUCCACUGAGACAGAGCAGAAAGAGACCGAGGAUUGAGGGUACAUUGACGUCACAUCCGUCGAGAUUGAGACGAGCUUGUGAUCGUCAUUGGGACAGCAGUUAUACUCCACCACCUAUAUUGGAUCCAUCAAGAUUAGGCCCUGGGCUUUAUGCGAGAUUGCAUCAUAAUGAGAGAGAAUCGGAGUUCAGUUCUGAUGAUUCACAGGGAAAUGAUGGACCACCACCGAGGAUAAAUAUUGGAACGAGGUAUCAGGCGUCUAUUCCACCGAUGGGAUGCUGCGAGACUGAGAGAGGACGCGGUGGGAAAGAGACGGAUCAUUUGCUGUGGGAUCCUGGUAUUGUUGAUGGACUCAGUAGUAAUGAAGUUGACAUGUAUCUCCAAUUUGCCUGUUGUGCGAGUGUACCUGGCGGGGGAAGAAAUAAAGAGUAUGCACUGCAUCUUCUGCAUAUGUGCAAAGGCAAUAUCAGGGAGGCUAUGUUGAAGCUCAUGAGGCCUACUCCGAUACUGCCGUCGCAGCAUCCACUUUUGAGUUAUGAGUGCAGGGAUUCGGAUCGCUGGACAUCACAGGAAAUGGUGGCUUUCUAUCAGGGGUUGAUGGAGUACAACAAGGAUUUCAAUAGUAUAGCGAGAGAUGUCAGUACUAAAACAGCUAAACAGUGCACACAGUUCUACUAUCUAUGGAAGAAAUUAUGUCCGAAUGAGUAUAAAAGAGUUAGGGCGAGGCAUGGGAGGCCGAAGAUUAAGUGUGAGCGGCGGGAUUUGGGGAGGGAUAGCAAGGAUACUAAGGAACUCAGGGAUGCUAUUGCCUCGGUCACUGAAAUGGAUUUCAGUGAGGAGAAAUCGAUUCUACAUAGAACACUGUUGCAAACGAAUGAGAGGGAGUCCUCCGCGACCUUGACCACCAGCGAAGGGGAACUAAGGCUUUUCGCCUACGACUGCCCUGAUAGCUUUAGCGGAAGUGUAACAGUAACGAUGGCCGGAAGCAACAUUGUCGCCAAUAAAGGCCAUGCAACAGUCAACACCAACUCACAAACUCACAUUAGUUCUGAGCAACAACUACCCGUGCCCACCCCACUACACUACCCCUGCAAGAUUUGCGGGAAAGUUUUCAACAAAGUGAAAAGCAGAAGUGCCCACAUGAAAUCCCACCGGCCAAUACCCUCGCCCGAUUCAACGGCACAGGAGUCUAAAAAAUCAAACAAUCAUCAACAAAAACAAUCACACAAUCAAGAGCAAUCAAAUUCAUCGAGUUUGGUGUCACAUGGACACGACUAUCGACAGAAAAUAUCAACGACCAGUGAUACUGUUAAUCCAAAUGCCAAUAAUAUUUGGCACAAUCCAACCAGAUUACGACCCCCAUAGAACACUCAAAUGCGCGCACUUGAGGUACCCUAACGAAUGCUACAACUUCUAAUAUAUGGCAUCGUGGAAUUACAUCAGGAUAAUUUUCUCGGGGCUUUUCAUCAUGAAAAAUACUUUCUGCUCACUGGCUUGGAGAAAAUACUCACCUCGUUAUUAUGACCUUGAAGUGCAUGCGCUAGGGAGUUUCCACCAAACGGUCUAAGGAAAUAAUCAUGAUUAUUAAUAAAUUGUAAAACGUGAAUUAAUGAGGAUAAUGAAUGAUCCCGUGAGGUAACCAGGGUAUCGAUAAUGCGAUGAAUGAACAUAUUCGACACAUGCAGUCAUUGGGAAGAAUUAUGAAAUCGAAUAACUGACAAUCCUUCGUGAAUAGAAGAGGAAAUAAAACAAAAUGAAUGAUAAUCAUAAGAUUAUUAAGUCCAUGGUACUAUUUGUUAAUCUAAUGGUGCAUGCAAAAAUGAAAUAUGAAAAGCGUCAAAUUAUUUAUCGUCCGAUCGAUCGCUUGAUGAAGAAAAAUUUUGACAGCGAAUUACUUUCAUCAUAAUCUUGCUGUAAAUGUUGAUAAUAAAUUGACGAAUAAUUUAUCUAUAGAAUCAAAUUUGAAUCAAAUAAUUCUCCAGUUUAUAUUUCGUGCGAUGAUGAUAAUAGUUAUUAACGUUUUUGAGACUUCUUUGCGUACACAGAAAAUCAUAAUGAAAUCAAAUGUUCUAGGAAAAUUCAUUGAAUGAUAGAUUUGUACAUAAAUAUAACAAAAUUAAUGUACAUAUUAUUAUGAAUGUCUGAGUGUACAAUGGGGAAUAGAAUCUAUGAAAAUCAUGACACAUUGUGAAGAAAUAGUUUAGCUGAAUUUUAGUGUUAUUAGUUUAUUUAGAUAGAUGAUGUUUCAUUUUUUUGCUUUUGUGUUUAUCCCAUUUAUUUUCUUGCAUCUUUUACACGGCUCUACGUGGCGAGGCUCUUGCAAAAACAAUCUCUAAUAUUUAUUUAGUAUUUAAUCACCACUGAUGUUGGUUGAUCAUUAAAAAUUUUAUUACACAAAAACAAUUAAAAAUUACACAAUUUGAUAAUCUCAAAUUGGUUUAGAUGAAUUGACUAAAGACGUCACAAUUCGAUAUCAUAGGAUGACUAGGAAAAUGAAUUUCAAAGAAACCCCAUAUGAGUAUGGAUUUUAUAUCAAGUUUCACGUUCGGAAACUCUAAAUUGUUAUUCAAGAGAUUUGCCAAACGUAGACAAUUCUAAUAUAUUGUUAUUAAUUGUUAAAUAAUCCUCAGCUACUCUAACUUUUAUCGUUUUAAGUAAUUAAGAAGAAUACUAUAGUGUACAUUGGAACUUUUUAACGAUGAAAAAGAAGCCAUCGACAAAUCUUCCUUCUUUUAAAGGUUGAAGAUGACUGCUGGAUACUUGAAAAAAAGUCUCCGCCUUGAUUCGUUUUUUUUAGUAGUCAAACUAUCAUCAUGUUCGAUGUGAAUAGAAUAAAUAACAUCUUUCCUUCAAGUUUAGUGCCAAUCGCUGUGAAACAUUUUCCUAUCUUGAUAGAGAAAAAAUACUUCUAAGACCUUUUUCAUCUUCUUUAAUAUCUUAACAAUACACUUUUUUCACAAUUGAAAGAGAUUAACGAAAUGAAAUACUGAGAUGAUUGUCUAAUAUUCAUCAUGAAAUAAUUUUAGUUACCGAUGGGAUGAUUUAUAUUUUAUUUAAAUAACAAAACAUUAUACCAACGCUGCAGAGUGGAAGGAAUCUGUGAAUUGUUUUGAUUUUUUUAUAAUAACCUCCAGUGAUGAUGAUUGGAUAUAUAAAUAAGACUUUUUAGACUGUACAAAAUUUGUUAGUGAGUGACAAAUUUAUAUUGAAUUUGAUCUUCUCAUGUGUACGCGCCGGUGUGAGAAACAGAAAUAAAAAAAUAUAGGAAUAAAGAUGAAAGAAAUUAGACAGACAUAUCAUUUAAGACAAUACACUUGUUGCGGAAACUAAGUUUCUAUUAAUAAUGAUUACGACGAUACUAAAUUUAAUCGUAAACUUCUUGUUUCUUGAAUAAAAAUAAAAACAAACUAGAUUAUAUUGAAGCAAAAUGUGUUGUGACUACAAAUGCAUAAUAGUAAUUAUAAUGUACGUCAAUUGGUACAAUAUCGAACAAAAGAAAACAUAAUGCUAAAUUCUUUAAAAAUAGUUCAAAACUCAGUGUUAAAUCUAUUUUCUUUCAACAUAAAAUCAUAAGGGAAUCACUGGAGGCUGAUUAUAAUGAUCAAAAUAUUGUAAUAAAGAUGAAAAACCCGAAGAAUAGCAAAAUUACCGAGAUACCAGUCAAAAAAGAGCAAAAGUUGACAAAUUUUGCUUGAAAUUGUACAAACGAGUCCCUCCACAUCACAGAAUGAAAACGAUGCACACAAGAAAAAGUUACAUUUUUGAACUAUCUAUAGAUAUUGGUAUUGGAAGUGAGAAAUGGGGUGAGUCAGAUGAUUCUCAAAAAUUUGUUUUCCCAGGAAAUUUCCUCCCUAUGAAUUAUUCAGAAUAAUUUAGGACCAAAGCAUGUUCGGGGUUACGAAACAUCUCAUACAUGUAUGAGUGAAUUUAGCAUCUAAAAUUCUGUCACAAGUCACACCUUAACCAAUCAAACUACAGCAGACGUCACAUCUUGAAACAAUAACAAUUUCACGUAAUAACUCUACAUGCUGAAUAAGAACAAAUCAAAAAAUCAAAUUUCACUCAUAAAAAAACAUGAACUGACUUCGUCUGUUUGAUGAACUAAAAUCAGCUGAGGCAACAGUAUCCUGAGAAUCACGUAACAUAAGAUCCAAUAAUUGGAUUUAAAAAAUAUCUGCAAGGCAUAGCACGUAUUUGAGUUUUUUCCAGAAUUACGAUUCAUCCCUCCUCAUCUCACUUUUCCGUUUCAAUACUGGUAUCUCUAUAGACUUAAUAACAAAAUAUAUAUAUAAAACAAAUUGAUAUGUGAUGUAAUUAAAUGGUAUGUGGUAAUAUGGUAUUAUGUAUUUGUACAUAGGCGGACCCGUGCCAUCAACUAGUGAGUUGUACCGAUAUUGUACUGAUGCCACUGAACCAAAAACGUGAACAAACUAAAGAUAAAGAACUACUUAAUUUAUUAAGCCGAUACGUCUUCUGUUGUCUAUUCUUAAGUAGAUUGAAUUAUUUAUUUGAUUAUUUAUUGCCAAUCAACAGAUAAUCUAAUGAUCCUUAUUUAUUCAUCACCCUUUACUAACACAAUACGAUAAUUGGGCAAAGUAUAUUGGUACAACUCGAUAAAGGAAGUGUAGCGUGGUUUAAUACACCUGAGGAAUGUGCUCAAAAUACUGUAUUUAAAAAAAGAGAGAAAAAAAAACGAAAAAAAAAACCUUGGAAAAAAGUGAAAAAAAAAAUCAUCGAAGUUUUAACGCAACAUUUUACUCUAAAAACAAACACGAAGAGAAUAAAACAAGACAACAAAAUAAUUACAGAUUAUAAGUAAUUUGUAAUCAAUUUCAAUCUCUUAAUCUAAUUAUUCUAUACUUUGAAUGUCUAUCUCUAUAUACCAGUAUGGUUCUCACUCUAUCUCUAUUAGAUGUUAAAAAUUAUUCUAUACAAAUCUUCUACAAUUAAAAAGCAAUACAAUAUAUUGUUGAUAGAAAUUUUUUCUGUCAGAAAAGAACUGGACCAGCUGUAACAAUGAAUAAUGUUGUUAAAUUACUUGGUUUAUCCUAUACAGAAAACAAUUCGAUCUUCCUCACUCAAUGCUGCAAUCAAUAAUGAUAGAGAGAAUUCACAAUAGCGAAUACUGAUUAGAACACUUGCAUCAACUCAAUUGCCGUUUUCUCCUGUAUUAUACCACUUUAGUAAUUCUAUGCUCAACUAGUUUUAUUCGUAUAGACUAUUUAUAAAAAAAAAUAUUAUUCUACAAACCACGAUUAGACUAUUUAUCUAAUGGUAGUUCUCUUUAAUCAAAUUGGAAUCAUCAUCUUGCUCAAUCAAAAAUGAUAACUCAAGAGAAUCAUAAAUCUUACUCAAUACUCGAUCGCUCAAAAAUGCUGAAAACUCAAACGCACGAGUAUCAAUCAUUACUGUUGAUUUUAAUGUUGAAAAUAAAAUCCCUAUUUUUAAUCUAUUUCGAAUACAGCUGGUCUCUUUUCACGUUCUUUAAACGUACCUCGAUUAUGCAUUACAGUAAUAAUUUUCAUUGACUUCCAAACUUUACACUAACACUACUCAACUCUGCAUUAUGUACUUAAAAAAAAUACUAUUUAUUGAUAAAAUUGACAAUGUCGAAAAACUGGACGUAUUUUUAUUUAGCCUAAUGGAUGUUUCAAUAAUUUAUUAAUCAAAUUAUUUGAAUAAAUGCGACUGUAAUGCAUAAUGUAACUGAAUCCGUUCAGUCAAUAUUUUCCAACGCAAUGUGGUAUAAAUAAUUGCCAAAAUAAAUUUUAAAAAACAAUAAUUAUAUAGAUGAACACAGCUGGACUUACAAAAAAAAGAUGAAAAAUAAUGAAUGAGAAUGGCCAAAGAGAUAAUUAAUAAGCCUACCUGGCCUCAAUGAUAACUCUGAGCCUAACCGGUAAUACAACAAACAUUCAAUGCAUGUGAAUAAAUCACAUGCAUUCAACGAAUGCAUGCAUUCAAUGAAUGUAUUAACUUUUAAAACCAGAACGGCUUAAUGAUAAAGGCAACGAGCGUCCGUACGUCAGUAUUAUUUUGAAGCUCUAUAACAUGUGAAUUUUAGCAGAAGAGAAGAGUCAUUUUUAGAUCGUCAACACGCCGUAUUGCAUAUAAGUACGUACCGUUUAAUUUAAUAUACAUAUACUACAUCCUAAAAAUCUGAACAUUAUACAUUGUACACAUAUAAAUAUUAUAAUAUAAUAUAUUGACAUCAUAGCUGUACGGUCUGUCUGACGAGGGAGUAAUUGUUCCUGUGUGCAAAUGCGAGUGAUUAAAGAAUAACACAAACAAAGAAAACACCUCUUGCUACUUAACUAAUGUAUUUCUAGAUGUCAUAUUCGUUGAACGUUGAGAAAAAAAAUUAUGAUUAAAUUAACUUGGACAACCGGACGUCCCAGAAUCACACAGCCAUAAUAAAAGUAAUGAAGAAUACUGGUAGAAAUUCAACUGAAUGAACAGAUGAAAGAGAAAUAUUUUUAAGACUCUUGGCUGAGGCACUCCCAUUACGAUAAUAAUACCGAUGAAAUAUGAGAGGACAAGAGAAGACAAGUGACAAAAAAUGGUUUAUCUGGUCUGUUGCCUACUAUGACGUACCUCUUGUGUAUAAUAAAGAAAUAAUGAAAAAGAAGAAAAACGAAUGAAGAAUUGAACAAAAUUUGUCCACUCACGGAUUGAAAAAUCCACAUUAUUUGAUAUCUGAAUAAUUGACGAGAGAAUACACUUGACAAGCCUAGCAGAGAAAUCGAAAUAACCACAAUAAGAGAGGUUUUCAACAAUGAGAGUUCACACUCGCGUUUACAAAAGGGAAAAUCAUAUGAAAAAACCGUCGUUUACGAAUGAUUAUUAUUAAGAAUCAACGAUAGAAUAUAUAAGAAAUGAAAAAGUCAUAUAUUAUAUAUUAAUACUGCAUUGCAUAAAUAAUAUAAAUAUGAUGAUGACAUAACUAUUUUCUUCUAUGGAUAUAUUGUGUGAGUGACAUAAUGAUGCGUGUUAUUUUCAGUCGAAAUAAAUAAAGUAUAAAGAUAAAUUGAAAAAACUUAAUAUACGUUGGAACUUAACUGUGCCAAUGAUCGGUGUCUGCACGUGAUCGCCUUUUUCUACUCAGCUUGAAUGUAAAUAUUGAAAGAAAAGACGGAAGGAUCGAAUGGGAAUAAUUGAUGAAAGAGUAUUAAUGCAUUCAAUAAAUUCACCAACUGUUCAUCAUUACCAUGAACAAACGUGUUAUUCUGAUUGUCAGUGUUCCUCAAGCAUUCUGUUGUCUCGACACCGUGAGCUAUUGCCGAAUGAUGGAAUGACGGUUAACAAUGAGAUCAUUAAGGGAAAAAUUGAGAGAGAAAAAUGAUAUAAUGUGUAAUAAGCCAAGUGCCUUGUGUUCUGGUAAAUUUACUCACUAAUCGUUGAACUUUUAAACUAUGUAUAAACGUAAAAAAUGUAGAGCGUGAGAAAGAAAGACAGCACAAAAUGAAAAUACUACCACGUGAUUUUUCUCUCGUUAAAUUUCUCGAAAAUGUUUUUAAUUUACGGACAAAUUGCGUGCCAAAUGACACUCUUCACUGAAUUUUCACUGCCCAGAUGCAGACUUUUAUAAAUCUUUUGAGAUGUGCAAGGUGAAUAAUACGAGUCACGAUAAUUUUUUGAAUUUUUUCUAUUUCAUGAAUUAGCGUUUUUUCGUUCUACAUCAUGCUAUGGAAUUGUUUAUCAUUGUGAUAAGGGAAAAUAAUGAGGAAUCGUGUCGGUUUUAUUUUUUUUCGAUACUCUCACAGCUGUAUAUCUCGGACAUUAUGAAACUCUAACUAUCGGUAUCUAAGAGGAAUUGAUGUACAUACAUAGAAAAUAGGGGUUAGUUCAAUUGUCAUGUGCGAGAGUUCUUUUCUAGAGAAACAGGAAAAUAGAGACAAAAAAAAUUCGCUGUUUUUUGGGUUCUUGUGUCAGUUAUUGGGGAAUCCAUGUUUGCACAAGCUGAGACUGAUUGAUUUUACAUAAAUUCUACUAGUCUUGAAUGAGAAAAUAACUUCAUGUCAAUAUCAUUUUCCAAAGUCACGAAAUUUGGAUACAAGAGAGAAAUAAAAACCCGUAUUUACAGCCAAAAAUGAUUAAUUGACACGCCUAAAACACUCACGACUUACGUUUUCACGCACAAUAAGGUUUAUUGAUAAAUUCUGUGCCAAGAGAACAUCAAGAAAGGGCGAAUUUCGUAAUUAAUUAAGAUGGAUAAAUUUUAAUGAGAGAAAGAGAGAAGAGCAAUGCAAAAAAAUGCAACGUAGAAAAUGUGAUGUUCACUUAACGAAAUAGGUGAAUCAUUAAAUGCGAAGUUCCAAGAAUUCCGUGUGAUUCAAGGAAAACAUUACACAUCAACUACGCAAUAACGAAGAUGAGAAAAAUUAUGUAAUGGAAGAAUGAGAGAAAGAAUAAUGUAAACCCUUGAUGGUCUUCAAUCUUUCUUCCGUGGCUUACAUUAAUCAUAUUAUUUUCCUAACGAAUAUUAACGAUUCUUUCAGUAGUUCAUCAUCUAUUAACAAAAUCAUAUUGUCAUGUUUAGACAAUCGCAGUAAUCAAAUGAAUUUUCCGAUAUUUCUGGUGCAUCUGCAUCGAACGAAUCAAAAUUUAUAAGAAAUAAUCAAAUGAUGAAAGGAUCAUUUCUCUCGAGGCUUCGAUAGUAUUGAUAAAAUAUAACGAAUAAAAACAAUGUGUAAGAAAAUAGUUAUAAUACCCUGUGCGUAACCGGAUUAAAUUCUCUAACAUAACAGAAUAAAAUGAAAUCUGGCUGAAGCUCUGAAUCAAAAUGAUGGAAACAUACGUUGGAAACCCAUGAAAAGAGUCAGUAAGCGCGUGAGAAUCUGUCAUCCUCGUGUUUAAACAGUUGGAGUACGUUUGAAAGUUGAAAAUGAAUGGAUGCAUGAUAACUUAAUCGAAACCAUUGACUAAUAGGAGAAUCAAUGAACCGAGUGAUUGAAAUUUUAAAUAAACACGAAAAUGUCAUUUUAGAAGUAACUUAGGGCUGGAUAAUAUUUUCUUACGACAAAACUACACCCAUUUUAUGUACAUUCCUUCCUAAACCUGUGAAUAUUGAAUGUUUAAAGCAAAAGGUAUAAAUAUUUUUGUGUAACAAUAAAUAUACUUUGUAAUCGACAACUAAUAGCUCAUUAUUGAUAUGAAAAAAUAUGAAAAAAAAGAAUCAAAUUUUAAAAAUUUACCGAUAAGUAUGAAUUUAGUGAUAGUCAUAGUAACGUCGAUGUUAAUUGUUCAGUGUUAUGCCAAAGUGAAACAAAAAACAAAAUCAAAGAUCCAUUUAAUUGAAUAAAUGUGUGCAGUGCGUUGAUUCUAUGCUUUUUAACGAAAAUAAAAAUACAAAUAAAUUCGAGUGAACACUACACACACGAUAAAGUAUCAAAAUCCAGCCCUAAUUAGUUGUAAAGAGUGUAUGCUUUAUUAGAAGUGGAAUAAACAUUCUCUCUUUCUCUCGAGUACUCCACUACCAAGUAAAUGAUGAACAUUCAUUGUUAAAAAAAGAUCGGACAUAUCAAAGAACACAAUGUGAAAAAUGAAAUUUUACACCAAUGUUUUGAGCUCAAUUUUUUUAAUCAUUCUGAAUUGACGUCGUCGAUGGUUCGGUUUCGUUGAAUCCUAAAUUAAUAACGAAAUAUAAAAAUACAUGAACGACAUUGAGCUGCUGAGAGGAAAAAAAAAUCAAUGGCGAUCGUUCACUGUCCAAAUACUUUUUAUAACAAGGAAGAUGAAAAAAGUAUAAAUGUGUACAUAAAGUGAAAUUCAUUUCAUACGAUAAAUCCAUUUCAUCAAAUUAUUUACGUAAUGACAGAAAUAAAUGAAAAAUCGAAACAUCGUGAAAAUGUCAAAAUUGAGCCAAUUUGAAAAGUUCAAAAAUGUCCCGAAUAUUCCGAUUCAAACUUUUUACUGAGCUUGGAUAAAUCCUAAAUAAAAAUAUUAAAGUACAUGACAUAGAGGGAAUACGAGUGAUUAGUGAUGUAGACACGUACAACAUAUAGAUGAGAAUCAUUAUUAUUAUGACACCUGAAAGAGUCUAACAUCCACUGAAUCGGCAAGGGUAGUCAGCGAGAAAGAAGAGUGAAAAUGGAUAAAAUAGUGAAUCCUUCAAUUCUUCCUCUGGACUGCCCCUGAAUUCUCUGAGAAAUUCCAUCCCCUUCACCUUUUCAAAUAAAUGUAAAAACAAAAAUUACAAAAACAAAAUUGAUAUAACGUACUUACCACGAUUUAUAUCAAUUGAUAAUAUAUUUAUGACAAGUGAUUGAUUGUGAGUCAUUUAAAUAAUUGUUAUAUGUAUUUUCUAUAUAUUACAGUAAAUAAACUAAUACACAUAAUAUAUAUUUAAAAACAAAAAUGACAUUAUGUCGAUAUUGAGUGUAGUGUUACUCGUCGAUAAGUAUGAAAAUAUUAAGAGAAUGAGAUUGAGAGGCAACAAUAGCAUGAACGGUUUUAAUCUUUCUCCAUUAAAAUAAUUGAAACUUCGUCAGCUGGACGCGAUGAAAAAGAAAAAUAGUUUAGAAAUCAGACAAACCCGAGAGAUGUUCAUGUAAAAGCGUUGAUGUGAGUAAAAGUUUCGAAAAAAAAAAAACAAUUACGGAAUUCAAACACAAAGGCAGAUGAUCAGAGAAAAAUGGCGAUAGUGAAACAAGAUUUUAAAAGAGUAGAUACUAGUAUUGUAUUUUCUCACUCCCACUGAGAAGUGAAUGUUCAACGCUAUACACAUUACUUGAAUGAAUAAUGAGAAGAAAAAAUAUGAGCAGAAAGAAAAAAGAACGAUGACCUAUAUAUAAAAGUCUAUAAAUAUAUAAAUAAAUAUAUUAUAUUAUCAUAUGAAAACAAAAAGUCACUGUAUAAUUGUAACGAAAAAAUUGUUUUUCAAACGAUGUGGUAUUUUUAUUGUAGAUAUUAUUGCAUACGAAUAAAUGAUUCAUUGUACGAUGAUUUAAAACAAAAAAUAA